AAUAUGAGCAAUUUGAACUCUAGCUACUGGAUGACACGAGCGAGACGGUUCCUUCUGGAGUGGACGGCAUGGAGAGCACUGUAUGACUGAAAAAAAAACAUCUCGGCUUUUAGUUCUGUAUAUAUGCUGCUCUCUGGAGUACUCAGUUUAACCUGUGCAUAAGGACAUCAUCCUGAUUCUGAAAGCUUCCUCAUGGCAAAUCAUGCGGAUAUAUCAGCUGUGGGGAGGAUUCUGGUCAACCCCAGGCAGGACCUGACAACGCGCUUUAGAGCACUUUUUACUCUCCGCAACCUUGGUGGACCAGAGGCCAUUACAUGGAUCAGUGAAGCUUUUGUGGAUGAAUCUGCACUUCUGAAGCAUGAGCUGGCAUACUGCCUCGGCCAAAUGCAAGACGAGCGGGCCAUUCCUAUCCUAGAGACAGUCCUGAAAGACACUAAUCAAGAGCCAAUGGUCAGACAUGAAGCAGGAGAAGCACUGGGAGCCAUUGGAAAUCCCAAAGUCUUAGAUUUAUUAAAGAAAUAUGCAGAAGAUCCAGUAAUUGAGGUGGCAGAAACAUGUCAGCUGGCAGUCCGGAGGCUGGAGUGGCUCAUGAAUGGUGGGGAAAAGACAGCAGAGGGGACAGAUGAAAACCCCUACUGCUCUGUAGACCCCGCACCCCCUGCCCCAAGAAAAACUGUCCCGGAACUGAGGGCACAGCUCUUAGACGAAAGCCUGUCGCUGUUUGACCGCUAUAGAGCUAUGUUUGCACUGAGGAAUCUUGGUACUGAAGAGGCUGUUCUGGCUCUUGGAGAUGGUCUUCAGUGCAGCAGUGCCUUGUUCCGUCACGAGAUCGGCUACGUCUUGGGUCAAAUCCAGCACGAGGCCAGCAUCCCUCAGCUGCAGGCAGCUUUGGAGAAGACCAAUGAGAACGCCAUGGUCAGACACGAGUGCGCAGAAGCACUGGGCUCCAUCGGGAAGGAGGCGUGCUUACAGAUCCUAGAGCGCUACAGGAAGGACCAGGAGCGGGUGGUGAAGGAGAGCUGUGAGGUGGCCCUGGACAUGCUGGAGUAUGAGAACAGCUCGCAGUUCCAGUACGCAGACGGACUGCUUAGACUGCAAAGUGCUUAGUGAAACUCAUUUCCUAAAACAUGUUAAUGUUACACAGCUGAUCCAUAUUUCGAACUCAAUGCUUGAAUAUUUAAUAAAUACUGUUUUUGCAGAUACAGCAGAAAAAAAACAUCCCUUGAAAAAAACAGGAAUACAUUUACGUAAUAAAAGCAUUUGAGCGCAUUUUAUGUCUUAUUCUGCCUUGUAUGCAUCACCUCUGGCGUCUGAAGCUUAGCAUUUUGCGUCAUGAAUAUGUGAUCUUCAGUAAAGUCUGUGACUAAUGUUAAAUCCUCCACGCAUGAGCAGAGGUGAUUAGCAGAGCUAAGAGCUCCAGUGCUUGACUGAGGUCUAUAACGUUCUGCCUGACUAAUCCACACAGCAGUCUAUCUCAGUCAAUAAGAUUUAUCUUUAAAGAAGCACACAUAAAAUUAAAAUCUAGAUGCUCUAAUUCUUAAGUGAUCAUCCCUAUCUAGCAUAUCUGGAAAUUAGCUAUAAACAACCUAUAAAACAAGAAAUAAGAAGCAUCGCUUGUAUAUUUGUAUUCAACAAUAAAUCAGCAACCUUAAAAAA